UUGGGCACCCCAUGCUAAUGAAGAUCUGAACUGAAACCACAACACACGGCUGUUGCCUUCUGAACAAUAAAAUGAUUAGCUGUAUAGUUAUGAUAUUACAGCUAAAUAAAGGGAAAAUUAUGCUAUAUGGGGCUAAAUGUGAGGAAAGAACGCGUAGUCCGGUGAAGGGUUAAUGGUUUUCGGUCCUCAGAGUUUCUGCGUUUGUAUCCGUAGUCGGUGGGUAGUUAUCGUGGCAUUGAGCCUGUGGACCGCAAUCGCACGGUACACCAGUCCAUCUCUCAACUUCUUCACUCACCCAGACACCAGCUAACACAAACAAUGGCAGAGAAAAGAGUACAUCCAACCGGAAUUUGACUGCGCCGUACCGUGGUAAUCAAGGCUUGAGAAAGCAGCGUGUAUAUAGCGGGAUUUUUGUCAAACUGCAGAUGGACGGGCAGCAGCGCCACGAGGAUAUGGAGCUGUCGAACCAAGCCGCGGAGAACCCCAGCAAGGCGACGGAGUAUCUGACGGAACUCAAUAAGAUCAUAGAGACCCAGCAGGAGUUGCUGGAGAAGCAAAAUGUUCGUAUAGAGGAGUUGAAACAGCAGGUAACGGAUCUAUGUUCUGAGAACGCCUGUUUGAAGGAACAACACCAACGGCACCUGGCCACCUGCCGGCUCCAACAAGGCAAUAAUCACCCGUCGCUAACCUUAGGUGCCAUCAAGGAGAAUGUCAUACAAGAAAAGCGCCAAGCUUCUCAGCCAGUUGAAGACAAAGAGUGCCCUUUGACCCUUAAAGCUCCGCCCUGUAGAAGAAGCCACCCCUGUCGGACCUGGAAAUCUGCCUCGUUUGGUGUGGAAGGUGAAGCGGCAUGUCGUGGCGACGUUGGGGGGUCGUUAGACCACUACAGUCGUGGCAUUCCUCUGACCCACGGCAUCCAUGGUACUGAGCUCGACCACUUCGACGACGGACAUCUCUACAGCCACGUGGUGUUGCCGGGACAACCACGGCCACGUAGACUCAAGCUGCAGCACAGCCAGUCCAUCAUCCGCAGACAAGCAGAGGAGGAGGCCAUCAAACGCUCCCGAUCCCUGUCUGAGAACUAUGAGCUGUCAGCUGACUUACAGGACAAACAGGUGGAGAUGCUAGAGCGUAAGUAUGGAGGCCGUUUCAUAACACGCCACGCGGCCCGAACCAUUCAGACUGCCUUCCGCCAGUAUCAGAUGAACAAGAACUUUGAGCGGCUCCGCAGCUCCAUGUCGGAGAACCGCAUGUCCAGACGCAUCGUCCUGUCCAACAUGAGGAUGCAGUUCUCCUACGAAGGCCCAGAAAAGGUUCAACACUCCUCCUACUUUGAGGGGAAGCAGGUGUCCCUCACAGACAAUGGAACCAAACACCUGGGGGCCUUGGUCCAAUCAGAAUGCAGUGCAGACCUGGGGGGCGUGGUCCCUGUUUGUAUGAAGUCAUCUGAGGAAGCCCAGAACUCUGACUUCACUGAUGCUAUAACAGAGCUGGAGGACGCCUUCUCCCGGCAGGUCAAAUCUCUGGCAGAGUCAAUAGACGAUGCGCUGAACUGCAGGAGUCUUCAUGGGGAGGAGGGCGGGACGGGGGAGGUCAGAGUGCAGGGAGUGAGAGGUCAUACCGACCUGGACAGGGACGAGGAGUCAGCGUCCUACCAGACCAAGCCAUCCUCUCACAGCAGCCUGGAACGCCGCAAACUGGAUGAGAUGACGGCGUCUUACAGUGACGUGACUCUCUACAUCGACGAAGAAGAGCUUUCUCCUCCUCUUCCUCUUACCAAGUCCUUGGAGCGACCCUACUCUCACCCGUUAGUAGAAGAGCCCUCCUCCACAGAGUCUGAGCUCCGUCUGCGCUCUCACUCCUCCUCUCAGGACUACUGGUCUCUGGCUCACAAGGAAGACAAAGGUCAUGUGUCAGACACUUCCUGCCGCAGCACCCCUUCCCUGGAGAAGCAGGAGCAGAGGAGCGGGGUGGACCACCUCCCGUUGCUGACCAUUGAGCCGCCCAGCGACAGCAGUGUGGAGCUCAGUGACCGCUCUGACCGCUCCUCUCUGAAGAGACAGAACGCCUAUGAACGCCAGCCCAGUAAUCAGACGUCCAGCCCCAAACAUCCCCCUCCUCACCCGUCUUCUCACCCUCCUCCUCACCCCCACGGUCUGCCCCCUCGAGGACCCUCCCGGGAUGAGGAUGCCCCUCGCCACCGGCCGCGCCCGUUAGAGGCCCAUCUGGUGAUUAACGGAACGGCUAACCGGCAGAGCAAGUCAGAGUCUGACUUCUCGGAUGGAGAUAAUGACAGCAUUAACUCCACUUCCAACAGCAACGACACCAUUAACUGCAGCUCUGAGUCAUCCAGCAGGGACAGCCUUAGAGAACAGACGCUUUGCAAACAGACCUAUCACAAAGAGACACGUAACAGCUGGGAUAGCCCCGCCUUCAGUAAUGACAUCAUCAGGAAGAGACACUACCGCAUUGGACUCAACCUGUUUAACAAGAAACCAGAGAAAGGCUGUCAGUACCUGAUUGAUCGUGGUUUUGUCCCAGACACCCCAGUGGGCGUGGCUCACUUCCUGCUUCAGAGAAAAGGUCUAAGCAGGCAGAUGAUUGGAGAGUUCCUUGGGAACAGGCAAAAACAGUUCAACAGAGACGUCCUGGACUGUGUGGUGGAUGAGAUGGAUUUCUCAGUCAUGGAACUAGAUGAAGCUCUGAGGAAGUUCCAAGCUCACAUUAGAGUCCAGGGGGAGGCCCAGAAGGUUGAGCGGCUCAUAGAGGCUUACAGUCAGCGGUACUGCAUCUGUAACCCUGGCGUGGUGCGUCAGUUCCAUAACCCUGACACCAUCUUCAUCUUGGCCUUUGCAAUCAUUCUCCUAAAUACAGACAUGUACUCUCCUAAUGUCAAACCAGAGAGGAAGAUGAAGUUGGAGGACUUCAUCAAGAACCUCAGAGGUGUUGAUGAUGGUGAGGACAUCCCCAGGGAGAUGCUAGCUGGGAUCUACGAGAGGAUCAGGAAGAGGGAGCUGAAAACCAAUGAGGAUCACGUCUCUCAAGUCCAGAAGGUGGAGAAACUCAUCGUUGGAAAGAAGCCGAUCGGGUCAUUGCACCAUGGACUGGGCUGUGUCCUUUCCCUGCCCCAUCGCAGGCUGGUGUGUUACUGUCGACUGUUUGAGGUCCCAGACCCAAACAAGCCUCAGAAACUGGGUCUGCACCAAAGAGAGAUCUUCCUCUUCAAUGACCUUCUGGUGGUGACGAAAAUCUUCCAGAAGAAGAAGAACUCUGUUACGUACAGCUUCCGCCAGUCCUUCUCCCUGUAUGGCAUGCAGGUGCUGCUGUUUGACAACCAGAACUAUCCCAACGGUGUGCGGUUAACAUCAGCGGUUCCAGGUGCAGAUAUCAAGGUUCUGAUAAACUUCAACGCCCCAAACCCUCAAGACAGAAAGAAGUUUACUGACGACCUGAGAGAAUCCAUUGCUGAGGUCCAGGAGAUGGAGAAAUACCGCAUUGAAUCGGAACUGGAGAAGCAGAAGGGUAUGGUUCGACCCAGCCUAUCACAGAGCUCAGUGCUGAAGAAGGACUCUGGAAAUGGCCAAAUGGGUCGGGGCAGCCUUGAUGACAGCUACACCAUGGGGGAGGGGCUAAAAAGGAGUGCCCUCAGCAGCUCACUACGAGACCUCUCAGACGCAGGGAAGCGUGGGCGCCGCAGCAGUGCUGGAUCACUAGACAGCAAUAUGGAAGGCUCCAUCAUUAGUCACCACAGCCCCCACCUGAGACGCAGAGUGAUGUCAUCUCGAGAGAGAGACUGCCCCUCCAGAGGAUAUUCCAUCCCUUCCUCCUCCUCUCUGCUGGGCUCUCUGUUCGGCACCAAAAGGGGGAAGUCCCCCUCUCCCUCCCUGUCCCCCCAGCACCCCACUCUGAUCUCCCACACUCCCCACCCGUCCAACCUCCACCACACGGCCCAGGGCCAGGGUGAGGUUCACCAUGGGGCUCAGUACUGUCAUGUUCCAGUCCAGCAGAAUCCUCCACCAUACCAUCACCACCACCACUACCACCCCCCAACACACCCCCAACCCCCGCUACACCAGUACCACCCACCCCCCGGCUCAGCCUCCUCCCAGCCUCCCCCUCACCCCCAGCACCACGCCCCUCACCCCCCACACCACCACCCCCAACCACCAACCACCCCCGCCCCCCCCUCCUCCACCAAGCCCAAACACAGCGGCAUCAGCACUGUGGUCUGAGGACAGGGACACACACACGGAUACACACUCACACACACAUAACGUUUACACACACAUAGAUAUAAGCACACACACACAGGUAGUUACACACAGAAAAACCGAA